AUGAGCAAUUGUGAAGACUGGUUGCAAUCUGUUGUUAAAAAGUGUAGCAUAAAAAAGGUGCCUUAUACAGAAUUUAGUAAUAAGAAAAGAAUAAAAAGAGGAGGAUUCGGAACAGUAUUUAAAGUAAAAUGUGAGUCUUUAGGAGAAGUGGCCAUUAAAGAAGUGGCUGAUGCGGAUACGGAUGAAUAUAAUAGAAAGAUUUUUAUAAAUGAACACACAGCAAACAUUCUUAUCCAUCAAGGAAAUAUUAAAAUUUCAGACUUUGGAUUUUCAAGAAAACUUUAUAGUAUAAUGAUUUCAAAGAGUAAAAAUUUUUAUGGAGUUAUUCCUUUUGUCGACCCUCAAAAACUCGGCAACUUCGAAUAUGUGUGUGAUAAAGAAUCUGAUGUUUAUAGUAUGGGGGUACUUAUGUGGGAGAUAUCAAACAAUGGAUGUAGACCAUUUGCUUUAAAAAACGACAGUACACUCGCAACAUAUAUUAUUGGAGGCUUACGCGAAACACCUGUCUCAGGAACCCCUAUUUAUUACGUUAAGCUUUAUUCUGAUUGUUGGAAUGAUAAACCAGAAAGACGUCCUUCCAUGGAGGAAGUUUUUCUGCAAUUGGAAUCGAAUUCCUCAAAAUUAGAUCCUAAAUCUGAUCAGGAUUUUAAAGAAAAUAUUAAUAAUUAUGAUUCUAAAAGCGAUGAUAUUGAUAAUGGAAUUUCUAAAAUAACUGAAAUAACUGGAAGUAAAAAGUUAGAAUUGCAUAUAGACAGUGAAAUCAUUGAGUUUGGAUGGCUAGAAAGAGCCAUUGCAAAUAGUGAAGUUAAUUACUUUGAUCAUGAUAAAUUCGUUAGUAAAAAAAAAGUUAAUGGAACCGGCUUUGUAUACAAGUAUGAAUGGGAAGCUAGUGGAUUGAUAGUUGCUCUUAAAAGGCUAAAACUUGACAUAGAAAAAAAGGAG